CCGCCGUGCGGGAAGAGGAAGUGGGAGCUCGGGAGAAGCGGAAAUUGCAGCACCAGCACCAGCCGCCAGCCGGGGAAGCAGCGGCGGGGAGCCAGGGCACCAGCGGCCGCGGGAGGAGGUGGCAGCGGGCGGCAGCGAGUUUGUCGUAGGCCCUGGGGAAGAGCGGAGUUCCCGAGCUAAAGAUGUGGAAGGCUACUGCAGGCCUCGCUGUUUGUAUCAACCAGGUUGACGGAACUGAUGACUGGGAGACGGAUCCUGAUUUCGUGAAUGAUGUGAGUGAGAAAGAACAGCGCUGGGGGGCUAAAACUGUGAAAGGAUCCGGCCAUCAAGAGCACAUCAAUAUUCAUGAGCUGAGAGAGAAUGUAUUCCAAGAACACCAGAACCUCAAAGAGAAGGAGCUUGAAACAGGACCAAAAGCUUCCCAUGGCUAUGGAGGGAAAUUUGGUGUCGAACAAGAUCGCAUGGAUAAAUCAGCUGUUGGACAUGAAUAUCAGGCCAAACUUUCUAAGCAUUGCUCCCAAGUGGAUUUGGUGAAAGGGUUUGGUGGCAAGUUUGGAGUGCAAACUGACAGAGUUGACCAGUCAGCUGUUGGAUUUGAAUAUCAGGGCAAAACCGAGAAGCAUGCCUCCCAAAGAGAUUAUGUAAAGGGGUUUGGAGGCAAGUUUGGUGUGCAGACAGACAGACAAGACAAAUGUGCACUUGGCUGGGAUCACCAGGAGAAAGUGCAGCUGCACGAAUCCCAGAUAGACUAUAAGAGUGGCUUCGGAGGGAAAUUUGGUGUACAGACAGAAAGGCAGGACCCAUCUGCUGUGGGGUUUGAUUACAAGGAGAAACUAGCCAAGCAUGAAUCUCAACAAGAUUAUGCAAAAGGAUUUGGUGGGAAGUAUGGAGUACAGAAAGAUCGGAUGGAUAAGAAUGCAGCAACUUUUGAAGAUAUUGAGAAACCAGCAUCAACUUACCAGAAGACCAAGCCAAUAGAAGCUGUUGCUAAUAAAACAAGCAGCAUCCGAGCUAACUUUGAAAACCUAGCCAAGGAAAAAGAGCAGGAAGACCGAAGGAAGGCAGAAGCUGAGAGAGCCCAAAGAAUGGCCAGAGAAAAACAAGAACAGGAAGAGGCUCGAAGGAAACUGGAGGAACAAGCUAAAGCCAAAAAACAAACUCCACCACCAUCUCCUGCCACGCAGCCAGCUGAGCAGAAGGCACCCUCAAGCCCAGUCUAUGAGGACGCAGUUUCCUAUGAAGCAGAGCCUGCCUACAACAGCACCGCAUAUUCAGCUGCACGUGAGCCAGAGCCCAGCUACAAAGCUGCAGAGUCAGACUACCAGGAAGCUGUGAGUCAGCGAGAGGCAGAAUACGAACCAGAGACUGUCUAUGAAGUGGCAGGGGCAGGAGAGCAUUACCAAGCAGAGGAAAAUGCUUAUGAUGAAUACGAAAAUGAACUUGGGAUUACAGCCAUAGCCCUUUACGAUUAUCAAGCUGCGGGUGAUGACGAGAUCUCCUUUGACCCAGACGACAUCAUCACCAACAUAGAAAUGAUCGACGAUGGCUGGUGGAGGGGGGUCUGCAAAGGCCGCUAUGGGUUGUUCCCUGCCAACUAUGUGGAGCUGAGACAAUGAAGCCUCCUGUCUCCUGGUUAUGCCUUAAUUCCCCAGUCAAUAAAUCUGACUU